UUGGCUUAAUUACUGACACGAUGUGUGCCACAUCCAACAUGGCGGUCCGGCAUACGUGUCGCAGCUGGGAGCAGAGGCGAUCAACUGUCUGUGUUAAACUCCGUGUUCAACUCGUUCUCCAUUCCAAGGCAGAGUGAGAGAUGGAGCGUGCCAGCGGUGCUGGACAGCGCAAGAAGAUGAGCUCAGGGAGCCGGGCCAGCCUGGACGCGGGCUGUUAGGGAAGCCAGGUGAAAGUAGCCAAGCAACCGGGACGGAGAAGCAGCUGUUGCGAGCACGUCCAUUCACGUUCAGUCAUUUUGUUUUUAUUUUUUUUUACUCCAACACGAUGCAUGACGUCAUACGCUCCAGUAGUGCAAGAUGACCAGAUGAUGCGGGCUCGUGGACAAGGUCUCCGGUUCUGGUGACGCAAGUCGUGGUCUUUAUGGACCAGGGAAUGGAGCUCUGAUGGCUCUUCGCGGCCCGGGUUGGAAGGAAACACCGAGGGAAGCGUAUAGCAGCAGCAGCAGGUAUCUGAGAAGCGUCGAGGUGUCCGCACCCCGCAAAAAAGAGGCACCACGGUGCGGCUGUCGUGCUUUUCACCGGAGGGGGCGAGCGGCAGCGGGAAGGGGAACAUGGCCGCGCAGUCGGACGGUAAAACCGGGGUGGGUUUCGCCCAGCUUUACGACGUCGAUGCCGACGAACCGCUGGAUUCUGCGGCGAUCCACAUCUGCCAGUGCUGCCGUUCUUCGGCGUGCUACUGGGGCUGCCGCUCCGCCUGCCUCGGCUCAUUGCUCGGCGGGGGCCAAGCCUCCGUCGGAGGGGUCGGCAUCAGGGAGACUCACUGCCCACCCCGGGAACAGCUGUGGUUGGACUGUCUCUGGAUCAUACUGGCCCUCCUCGUCUUCUUCUGGGACGUCGGCACCGACCUGUGCCUCGCCAUGGACUACUACCAGAGGCAGGACUACCUGUGGUUUGGCCUCACGCUCUUCUUCGUGCUGGUUCCUUCUGUUCUGGUCCAGAUUUUGAGUUUCCGCUGGUUUGUGCAGGACUAUACUGGCGGGGGGCUUGGUGAAGUGGAGGGCUUGACAAAACGGGGGGCGGUGACUUUGGGGUGCCACUAUGCUGGCAAGGAUCGCCUGCAGCUGGCCACUAUCUGGCUGUGGCAGGCCACCAUACACAUCCUUCAGCUGGGGCAAGUGUGGAGGUACAUCAGGACACUGUACCUCGGCCUCAUGUCACGACGCCAGAAGGAGCACCAGCGCCGCUGGUACUGGGCCAUGAUGUUCGAGUACGCGGACGUCAACAUGCUUCGAUUGCUGGAGACUUUCUUGGAGUCCGCGCCUCAGCUGGUCCUGCAGCUGUGCAUCAUGAUCCAGGAGAACCGUGCUGAGACGCUGCAAUGCAUCUCCUCCCUCGCCUCCCUCCUGUCUCUCGCCUGGGUCUUAGCCUCCUACCACAAACUUUUGCGGGACUCGCGCGACGACCAGCGCAGCAUGAGCUACCGCGGGGCCCUCCUGCACUUCUUCUGGCGCCUCUUCACCAUCUCGUCCCGAGUCCUCUCGCUCGCCCUCUUCGCCUCGCUAUUUCAUAUUUACUUCGGCAUCUUCGUGGUGGUCCACUGGUCCGCCAUGGCCUUCUGGGUGGUGCACGGGGGCACGGAUUUCUGCAUGUCCAAGUGGGAAGAAGUGCUUUUCAACAUGGUGGUGGGCAUCGUCUACAUCUUCUGCUGGUUUAAUGUGAAAGAGGGCCAGACUCGACAUAGGAUGAUUACGUACUACACGGUGGUUUUGGCCGAGAACACCAUCCUCACUGGCCUGUGGUACACAUACAGGGAUCCCAUUCUGACCGACUCGUACGCCGUGCCAGCAUUGUGCGGCGUCUACUUGACGUUUGCCAGUGGCGUCCUGGUUAUGCUCUUGUACUACGGCUUCCUGCACCCGGCCACCGCCCACCUCCAGCCGAGCCCCGCCUCCUCCUGUUGCGCCCAGCUGCUUUGGGGUCUUCCCCUUCCCCCUUCCGCCCCGCCUAGCGCUCCACCCACCCCUGCUCACAUGACCAAGUCCCAGACAGAAGACGACGUGGCUGAGACGUGUCUUCCCGUCUUCCAGGUGAGGUCGCUGCCCCCCGCUUCCAAGCCGGAAGGCCCGCUCAUAAAGAUCGACAUGCCCAGGAAGCGUUACCCGGCGUGGGACGCCCACUACGUCGACAGGCGUCUGCGAAGGACUAUAAACAUCCUGCAGUACAUCACGCCGGCCGCCGUGGGCAUCCGCUACCGUGACGGACCCCUGCUCUUUGAACUUUUACAGUAUGAGUCUUCACUCUGACACACACACACUUACACAUAAAAGGGCAGGCACACUGUGAAGAUACACGUUUGCGUCCAUAGGUCGUCACAUUAAGAGAGGAAUACGAAACGUACGCGUCACACUUGGUAUAAGCACAGAGACACGAUAUAAGCAAUCGGACACAUUUUAAUGCACACAACCUCACAAAAAAACAUUCCUUGCAAGCACCUUCAACCUGCGAGGCUUUUUGCCAUGACACAACAAGUUGCCUCAGUGAGGUGAGGGCCUUGUCCUCCACGUUUGCAGCUGCCGCCGUUCAUUUGUGUCAAAGUUGACCAACCGGGAACACGCAAUUUCACCUACAGUGUAUCACAAAAGUGA